AUGGAUGAUUUUGGUGACGAUUUAUUUGAUGAAUUUGAAAAACCAUCUGCCAGUUCUUUUUCUGUCGGAGAGCAAAAUUCUAAUGAUCAACAGAAUGCUAAAGAAAAUCCCAUAAAAAGAACAUUAGAAUUAUCUGAUGAUGAAGAUGAUAGUCUAAAAAAAUCAAAAAAUUUUGAUGAACUGCCUACAUUGGAUAUUGAAGUAUCAGCUCCUAGAAUAAAAAUUUUUGCCGUUGAAUCACUUGAUGGUGAAUCAUGUACACAUGAAAUUGCAUUGCCUUCAAAUUUUGAUUAUAUACCAUUAAAUCGUGAAAAUAAUAAAAAACCGGCAAAAGUGUAUGAGUUUGAAUUAGAUCCUUUUCAAAAAGAAGCUAUUGUUUGUAUUGAAAAUAAUCAAUCUGUUCUCGUAUCAGCUCAUACAUCAGCUGGUAAAACAGUUGUAGCUGAAUAUAGUAUAGCAUUGUCUUUAAGAGAAUCCAAACGUGUGAUUUAUACUACACCUAUUAAAGCAUUAAGUAAUCAAAAAUAUCGGGAAUUUCAUGAAGAAUUUGGUGAUGUUGGUCUUAUAACUGGAGAUGUUACUAUUAAUCCAUCAGCAAGUUGUCUUAUUAUGACAACCGAAAUUCUUCGUUCUAUGUUGUAUCGUGGUUCAGAGGUGUUGAAAGAAGUAGGAUGGGUGAUAUUUGAUGAAAUUCAUUACAUGCGUGACAAAGAACGUGGUUAUGUUUGGGAAGAAACUUUGAUUUUAUUACCAGAUAAUGUACGAUUGGUAUUUUUGUCUGCUACUAUACCGAAUGCUAGACAAUUUGCUGAAUGGGUAGCUCAUUUGCAUAGUCAACCAUGUCACGUUGUAUAUACAGAAUAUAGGCCAACACCAUUACAACAUUACCUAUAUCCUGCUGGUGGUGAUGGCUUACAUCUUAUUGUUGAUGAAAAUAACAAAUUUCGAGAAGAAAACUUUGCAGCAGCUAUGAAUGUUUUAUCUGCGGUUACUCAACCAACUAAACAUUAUGGACAGCCUAGUAGACCUACAGCUAACAAUCCAGAUAAUGAAUCACAUUGCUUCAAAUUGGUGAAAAUGAUUAUGGAAAGAAAUUUUGCACCAGUAAUUGUAUUUUCAUUUAGUAAAAAAGAUUGUGAAAACUAUGCUAUGCAAAUGUCAAAAUUAGAUUUUACUUCAGAUGUUGAAAAAGGGUUGAUUGAUAAAUUAUUUGAAAAUGCUACUAAAGUAUUGACAGAGGAAGAUCGUAAGUUACCAGCAGUAAUAAAUAUUAUACCUUUAAUACGUCGAGGCAUUGGUAUUCAUCAUGGAGGUCUUUUACCAAUUUUAAAAGAAACAAUUGAAAUUUUAUUCGGUGAAGGUUUGUUAAAAGUUCUUUAUGCUACUGAAACAUUUGCUAUGGGCUUAAAUAUGCCUGCAAGAACAGUUUUGUUUACUGCCUGUCGAAAAUUUGAUGGUAAAGAAAGACGAUUUAUAACAUCAGGAGAGUAUAUUCAAAUGUCUGGCCGAGCUGGUAGACGAGGAUUAGAUGAAAAAGGUAUUGUUAUGUUGAUAAUCGAUGAAAAAGUUAGUCCUGAUACUGUCAGGAAUAUUAUACAAGGAAAACCGGAUUCACUUAAUUCAGCUUUUCAUUUGACAUAUAACAUGGUUUUAAAUUUAAUGCGCGUUGAAGAAAUUGAUCCAGAAUAUAUGUUAGAAAGAAGUUUUUUCCAAUUUCAAAAUCAAGCAGCUAUACCAGAAAUAGUAGAAAAGGUGAAAGAAUUAUCAACUGAAAAAAACAAAAUAAUAAUUGAAAAUGAAUUUGAUGUCAGAUCAUAUUUUCUAAUCCGUCAACAGUUAGAAGACUUAGCAAAGCAAUAUCAUUCUUUUAUAGUAAAUCCUAAAAAUUUAGUACCUUUUUGUAAUCCUGGAAGACUGGUUAAGAUUAAGAAAAAUGAUGUGGAUUUUGGUUGGGGUGUUAUUGUGAAUUUUAAGUCUAUAAUGAAGAGUAAACACGAAGGUGGUGGUGUUGGAGAAGCAAUAUUGAAUGUAUUAUUAAAUUUAGAAAAGUCUGUUGAAAAUACAGAUGAAGAGCCAACACCUUGUCCUCCUGGAAAAUUGGGAGAGCCAGAAAUUAUUAAUGUCAAACAUAAUAUGGUUGAAGAUUUAAGUUCACUACGAUUAAACAAAAUGCCAAAUAAUUUAAAAUCUCGAGAUUCUAGAAUAUUAUUAUAUAAUAAUGUAAAAGAAGUUUUACAAAGAUGCUCCACAGAUAUUCCAUUAUUAGAUCCAGUUAAUGAUAUGCAUAUAAAAGAUCCAGAUUUUGAAAAAGUAACAGAACAAAUUGAAAAAUUUGAAAGCAGAUUAUUUGCUCAUCCAUUACAUGAAAAAGAUGAUAUUGAUGAUCUAUAUGCCCAAUAUUUAGAGAAAGACAAAGUAGAUCAAGAGCUUUUAAAAUUUAAAAAUGAAUUAAAAAAAGCAAAAUCACUUAUGCAAAUGGAUGAUCUGAAGUGUCGUAAACGCAUACUUAGACGAAUGGGUUAUUGUACUGCUGGAGAAGUUAUAGAAACUAAAGGACGAAUUGCAUGCGAACUAAGCAGUGCUGAUGAAUUAUUGAUGACUGAAUUAAUGUUUAAUGGAGUAUUUAAUGACUUAUCAGUUCCCCAGACAGUGGCAUUGCUCAGUUGUUUUGUGUGUGAUGAAAAAAGUAAUGAAAUGCCAGCCAAAACAGCGGAAUUAGCCGGACCUUUAAGAAAAAUGCAGGAACUUGCCAGAAAAAUAGCUAAAGUUUGUAAAGACGCUAAAUUAGAUAUUGACGAAGAUGCCUAUGUUGAAGGUUUUAAACCAUUUUUAAUGGACGUUUGUUAUGAGUGGUGUCGAGGUGCCACAUUUUAUCAAAUAUGUCAAAUGACCGAUAUAUUUGAAGGAAGUAUUAUUAGAGCAAUGAGACGUUUAGAAGAAAUAUUAAGACAAUUGAUUCAAGCAUCAAAGAGUAUUGGUAAUACUGAUCUCGAAAAUAAAUUUAGUGAAUCAGUUAAAAUGGUUAAAAGAGAUAUUGUAUUUGCAGCCAGUCUUUAUUUAUAAUAUUUUAUUUUACAAAUCUCAAAUCAAACUUAUAUUUUAUUUUUUAACUUUU